AGUACAUCAAGGAAAGGUAAUGAAUCGGAUGUCUCAGUUUCCAUGGUGAACUGAAUGUUAGGGUGUUGGCGGUUAAUGUGACUAAGGAAGUCAUCAAGGUUUUCCAAUCCAUGUGACCAAUUGAUGAACGUGUCAUCCACAUAUCGGAGCCAAAGUUUGGGUUUGAGUCGAGCGGUACCCAGGGCUUUCUGUUCAAAAUCUUCCAUGAAAAUGUUCGCUAAGACUGGGGAAAUAGGAGACCCCAUGGGAGUUCCUAAAGCCUGUCUGUAAUAUCCAUCUCUCCAUUGGAAGUAUGUGGACUUCACGCAUGUCAUUAAUAGAUCAUGAAUCUGGUCUGGCGUUAGGCUGGUUCGAUCGGUUAGAGUUUCAUCUUGUUCUAGUACCGCUUUGGUUAUUUGGCAAGCUUCAUCGGUGGGUACGUUAGUGAAAAGAGAUUUGACAGAUUUGAAAAGAGGUUUUUUUCCAGCCGCUGUUGAAACUGAAUAUGAGCGACAAGAAUAGGGGGCUAAUGUUACAGUCAUUUGGAAAUGCUUGUAGGGCUUCAGCAGACUUCGGAACAGCUAAAGAGUACUUAAGAGAAGCCAUCGAUAUCGCCGAGCCACUUGAAGAUCCUGUUGCCGUGGCAGAUCGCCAUGGGGACUUGGGAACCACUUUUUGGUCGGAGGGGCGGUUCACCGAUGCCCUUACCCAUCAGAAAAAACAGUUUGUGUUUGCAAAACAAAGAGGUGACCAGGCAGCUCUAGUUGUAUCCUGCUUCAACAUUGGCUUCACUCAUUACUCCAUGAGCCCACCGGACUACGACAUGGCCUUGGUCUACCACGCCAUACACCUGGAGCUGUCCGAUGAAGUCGCGUGCCUUAAACUGCCUCGGCAAGAUAUACACAGCUCUGAAGGACAAUGA